UCUCUCUCUCUCUCUCUCUCUCCUCUCUUCUCUCUUCUCUCUUCUCUCUUCUCUCUCCUCUCUCCUCUCAUUCAAAACUAGGGUUCUUGAGUUGUCCAUGGAGAGAGAAGAAUGUAGCAGCAGCGAAUCCGGUUGGACCACGUAUAUUUCUUCGCCAAUGGAGGAAGACGAGGAAGAGGUAAUUGAUGAGGUCUAUUAUGAUGGGCAUAGCAUCGAAAAAGAUGGAAGAAAAUAUGUCAACGAGUACGAAAGCAACAAAGACAGCGACGAUUCAAUGGCUUCCGAUGCUUCUUCCGGGCCAAGUUAUCACCAAACGAGCAACAGAGGGAGACGGAGAGAAGGUCUCGUUUUAAGAAACGGGAAAAGUGAAAGUAAUAGUAAGAGUAAUAAUGUUUAUGAUUAUAAACAUGAUGAUAAGAAUAGUGGCAAUCAUAAAACUAGGACAAAAGAGAAGAAAAAGGGUGAAAACAAGAGUAGAUCUUCUAAAAAGAAGUAACGUCGAACGGCUGUUUCGAACGCCACAUGUUUUUUCAU